UUUUAUUUAUUUUUGCACAAUUUAUCAAUCUCUCUCUUAAUUGAUACGCUUAUAAAUACUUCAGGAAGUGAAAAUCACAGUUCAAUGUUAAUUUUGUCUUCAAAGAAGUUUGUUCUUAUUCUAAUUUUACAUAAAGCAUUAAAAUGAGGUUUUAUUUAAUUACAACUUUAUUAUUAAUAACAAUAUGUGUGCUUGCUGAUGUUUCGGCUAAAAAAUCAUACAAAACAUAUUCAGUUUCCGGAAAAAGAAAUUUAAAGCAUUCAGAAAAACAAUUGAAAAAUUUUGUACCUGACUUUAAUGAAAAUAGACAUCGAUCAAAAAGACAAAAUGAAGAACAAGAAGCGUCAACAACACCGGCUGCACCUGUAAAUGAAGAAAAUCCAGACACAGAGAAAAAAGAAAAUCAACCAGAAGCAAAAAAUGAUAAUAAUGCUAAUGAACAGAAAAAUGGUAAAUCAGAAAAUAAGGAAAAUGAUUCUUCUUCGAGCAGUGAAGAGUCUAAAGAAUCGAAAACAAAACAAAAAAAAUCGCGAAGAAGCAUACGGCCAAUUUAUGAUGUAUCAAACAGUAAAAGUGAUGAAUCUAAGGAAAAUAAAAAAAUGAAAAAAAGAAGUAUAAGAUCCCACAGUGAUAAUAAUAGUUUAGAUAAAAAAAUUGAAGAAUUGAGGAAAAUUAAAAAAUUGCGAAGAAGUUUACAAGAAAAUGAAGACAUUUCUAAAAGUAAAAGUGAUAAAUCAGAAGAACAUAAACAAAUGAAAAGAAGUGUAAAAAUGAAUGAUGAAGAUAAAAGUAAAAGUGAUAAAUCAGAAGAACAUAAACAAAUGAAAAGAAGUCUAAAAAUGAAUGAUGAAGAUAAAAGUAAAAGUGAUAAAUCAGAGGAACAUAAACAUAUGAAAAGAAGUAUAUUAAUGAAUGAUGAAGAUAAAAGUAAAAGUGACAAAUCAGAAGAACAUAAACAAAUGAAAAGAAGUCUAAAAAUGAAUGAUGAAGAUAAAAGUAAAAGUGAUAAAUCAGAGGAACAUAAACAUAUGAAAAGAAGUAUAUUAAUGAAUGAUGAAGAUAAAAGUAAAAGUGACAAAUCAGAGGAACAUAAACAAAUGAAAAGAAAUAUAUUAAUGAAUGAUGAAGAUAAAAGUAAAAGUGACAAAUCAGAGGAACAUAAACAAAUGAAAAGAAGUAUAUUAAUGAAUGAUGAAGAUAAAAGUAAAAGUGACAAAUCAGAGGAACAUAAACAAAUGAAAGAAGUAUAUUAAUGAAUGAUGAAGAUAAAAGUAAAAGUGACAAAUCAGAGGAACAUAAACAAAUGUAAAGAAACGUAAAAAUGCACAUAUAUUUUUUAGUCAGCAGAGAGGGACACAUAACAGAAAAUGAAACACCUUUAUAAAAAUUGGUCAAAGCGAAAAGAAUUUUAAAAAACCUGUAUUGAAUUUGUAAUUAAUAUUUGUAUUUAUGCAAAUAAAGUUUUAUACAAUUUACAAUAAAAGAGUUUUUAAAUCUAA